CCGUGGGGUGGAGUAACUGGGUCUCACUCGCUUAAAACGCGUCCCGCGGGAGUUUUAAUCUAAUCAGAGGAGGGGAAUGUCAAAUUCUGCUCCGGCUCUACCCCAGGACUGGAGACUAAACUAUAUACCCAUCCAAUUGAGGGUGACACGGGUUCUAGGAUCCCAGAGCCCGAGGUGGGGCUGGGCGAGGGAAGGGGGUGCGCAGGACAGCAGAGCUGGGGACCCGGGCUCCUGGGUCCUGGCCUCUGGACGUCCAGCGCUCCUCUAGUCCGCGGCCCUGACUCCUGUCCUCACUUCCUUCCCUUUUUGGCUCCUGCACUCAGAGCGGACGGACGUAGGGGGUAGCGGAAAGGGCGGGAGGGCCGGGAGCCUGGCGGGGGGAGUACAGGGGAGUGCGAAAAGCCGGGGAGGGGACUCGGCUGGGGGCCGGAGACGGACGGAGACAGCGGCCCGGGACCGGCGCUGCCCCCACCCCUCCCGAGCAGUCUCUCCCCAGGCGCCCAAUGGCCCAAUCCCGCUGACUACCCGGCCAUGCUCCCGCGGCCCCUGCGGCUGCUUUGGGACACGAGCCCCCCCGGGGGAGUGGUGCUGAGCAGCUUCAGGAGCCGAGACCCCGAAGAGGGUGGGGGCCCAAGCGGCCCGAGCGUGGGCGAGGGGCAGGAGGAAGAGGAGGAGGAGGGAGAAGGCGAGACUCUGAGGCGUCUUGGGUUGGGCUGUCUGGGCCCCAGUGGGGGAGACCUGGGCUCACCAGCCCCCCGGACCCCUCGGACCCCUCGCACUCGCUGGUACUGCCCCCUGCCGCCACAGGCCCCUCUGUCUGUCUGGGAUGAGGAGGAGGAUGGUGCCACCUUUACUGUCACAAGCCGCCAGUACCAGCCUCUUGAUCCCUUGGCCCCGACACCUCCCCCACGUUUGUUCCGAAGGCUUCGGGCUGGGACUCUGGAGGCUCUAGUCAGACACCUGCUGGAUGUCCGGACAUCAGAGGCUGAUGUGACCUUUACAGCAACCUUCCUGGCCACCCACCGCGCCUUCACCUCCACACCUGCUCUGCUAGGGCUUAUGGUUGACAGGCUGGAAACCCUCGAAUCUCAUCCUACUGAAGAACUAGAGAGGACAAAAGGGGUAGCCAUCUCUGUGCUGUCAACCUGGCUGGCCUCUCACCCUGAGGAUUUUGGCUCUGAGGUCAAGGGUCAGCUUGACCGGCUUGAGAGCUUCUUGCUCCGGACAGGGUAUGCAGCAGGGGAGGGUGUUGUGGGGGGCAGCACUGACUUCAUCUGCAACCUCCGGUCCCGGGUGGACCCCCAGACCCCUGAGCUUCCUAAGCCCCUGGCCCUCCCCGGCGAUCCCCCUGCUGACCCCACGGAUGUCCUGGUGUUCCUCGCUGACCACUUGGCCGAACAGCUGACCCUGCUAGAUGCGGAGCUGUUUCUCAAUCUGGUUCCCUCUCAGUGCCUGGGGGGCCUGUGGGGUCACAGAGACCGGCCAGGACAUUCCCACCUCUGCGCAUCUGUGCGAGCUACUGUUGCACAGUUCAACAAGGUGGCAGGGGCAGUGGUCAGCUCUGUCCUGGGGGCCACCUCAACUGGAGAAGAGCCUGGGGAGGUGACCAUACGGCCACUCCGUCCACCCCAGAGGGCCCGGCUUCUGGAGAAGUGGAUCCGAGUGGCAGAGGAGUGCCGACUACUCCGAAACUUCUCUUCGGUUUAUGCUGUGGUGUCGGCCCUGCAGUCCAGCCCCAUCCACAGGCUUCGGGCAGCCUGGGGGGAAGCAGCCAGGGACAGCCUCAGGGUCUUCUCCAGCCUCUGUCAGAUUUUCUCUGAGGAGGAUAAUUAUUCCCAGAGCCGGGAGCUGCUCCUUCAGGAAGUGAAGGCACAGCCCUCUCUGGAGCCAAACUCCAAGAAGGCCCCAAGGUCUGGCUCCCGGGGUGGGGGUGUGGUCCCAUAUCUUGGUACCUUCUUGAAGGAUCUGGUGAUGCUGGAUGCAGCAUCCAAAGAUGAGCUGAAGAAUGGAUACAUCAAUUUUGAGAAGCGGAGGAAGGAGUUUGCUGUCCUCUCUGAGCUGCGGCGGCUCCAGAACGAAUGUCGUGGCUAUGAUCUCCGACCCGACCCUGACAUCCAGCAGUGGUUACAGAGGCUCCGGCCACUGACAGAAGCCCAGAGCCAUCGAGUAUCCUGUGAGGUGGAGCCACCUGGUACCAGUGACCCUCCCGCCCCUCGAGUGCUUCGGCCAACACUGGUCAUCUCACAGUGGACAGAGGUUCUGGGCUCUGUUGGGGGUCCCACCCACCUUGUCUCCUGGGACCGGCCCAGUGUUGGGGGAGAUGAGGUUCCUGGAACUCCUGCUCCUCUGUUGACCCGGCUGGCCCAGCACAUGAAGUGGCCAUCUGUAUCAUCUCUGGACUCCGCCUUGGAGGGCACUCCAUCCCUGCCUGGUCCAGCUGGCCCCAGCCACCUCUCCCCACCUGCAUCCUCCCCUAGGCCUUCUCGAGGUCACCGCCGCUCAGCCUCCUGUGGUUCCCCACUUAGUGGGGGUGCAGAAGGGGCCUCCAGGGGGACUGCAUCUGAGGGAGGGGGGUCUGGGCCAGGGGCUUCCGAUUGUCGAAUCAUCAGAGUCCAGAUGGAGCUGGGGGAAGAUGGCAGUGUCUACAAGAGCAUCUUGGUAACAAGCCAGGACAAGGCUCCAAGUGUCAUCAGUCGUGUCCUUAAGAAAAACAAUCGUGAUUCCGCAGCGGCUUCAGAGUAUGAGCUAGUGCAGCUGCUACCAGGGGAGCGAGAGCUGACCAUUCCACCCUCGGCCAAUGUCUUCUACGCUAUGGACAGAGCCUCACAUGAUUUCCUUCUGCGGCAGCGGCGAAGGCCCUCUACUGCUACACCAGGCCACACCAGUGGCCCCUCUGCCUCAGGAACUCCCCCUAGCGAGGGAGGAGGAGGUUCCUUUCCUAGGAUCAAGGCUACAGGGAGGAAGAUUGCCCGGGCACUGUUCUAAAGAGGAAGCUCUCUUGGCUCACAUAACUCUCAGUGAUCAUAUCAGAUGUGGGUAGCCAUGCUGAAUAGUAGCAGUUACGUUGCAUUGGGAAGAAACCCAGAAAGGUGGCCAACCAUCCUGGGGCAGUGAAGUGCCACUGUUCAUCAGUCAAGAGAGCCUGCCCUGUGGGAACUGGUAAUCUUGGUAACCAAGUUGGAUAUCCAUAUAUAGCUCCUCACAUUCCGGGAAUGCAGCACACGGCUAAGUGCUAGAAAAAGGGGUCUGAUUCCUGGCCACGUCCUAGCAUGCCAAGGGCCAAGGAAAAGGCCACAGUAUGGGGAGAAGAAAUACCUAGAGGCUCUGAGCUCCAGGGAGAGGAUGGCAAGAAGUAGGUUCUAGUAGGAAUUUGUUUUCCUAUUCUGGGGGUUCCUGUCACUGUGACACUAAAAUAAACCAAACACUACCUGGAUCUA